CUUGCGGAAUCUCCUAAACAUUUCAUUGUCCCGACACUUGAUAUUGACCUUGUAUGGCACACACAUCAGCUCAUGGCCAACUCCUAUCAAAAUGAUUGCCUCAACUAUAUCAAGCGCUAUGUAGACCAUGACGACAAAGUCGAAGAAGGUCUGCUUGCCGACUCCUUGGAUAGCACCUGCAUAGCGUGGCAGAACAAAUACCAUGUUCCAUAUAUGGUCUGCGGUUGUCCCCUCCCG